AUGGGGACGCCGGCGUUUCCAAAUCUCGGGAAGCACUGCACCGUUGAAGAUUGCCGCCAGAUUGAUUUCCUUCCCUUCACCUGCGAUUGCUGCAAACAGGUAUACUGCCUUGACCAUAGAAGCUACAGCCGGCACAAUUGCCCCAAAGCCAACAAAAACGACAUAACAGUCGUCAUUUGCCCCUUGUGCGCCAAAGGAGUUCGACUUAUUCCCGAAGAAGACCCCAACAUCACCUGGGAAUCGCAUGUCAACACUGAAUGCGACCCUUCAAACUACGAGCAAGCAACCAAGAAAAGAAAAUGCCCCAUGCCCAGAUGUCGUGAGAUGCUCACCUUCUCCAACACAAUCAAAUGUAGAGACUGUGGGCUCGACCACUGCCUCAAACACCGGUUCGGGCCCGACCACAACUGUCCCGGCCCGAAAAAACCUGAGCCCACUUUCCAAUUCAUGAACUUUCUGAACAAGAGCAGCAGAAAGGACGAGCCCAACAAGAAAGCCGGAUCAGCCACUUCCUCGUCUUCUUCUUCCAACUGGGCUUCGGGCCUUUGGAAGGUAGCCUCGUCCGUUCGGGCCUCAGCUGAAGCCGGUAUUGAAAAGCUGAGCAGCGAGUUUAAUCAGGCAGUGAGUACGAAUGGUGGGGCCCAGGGGAGCACGCAGGCUGCCCGUGUGGGGAGUUCAUCGGGCGGGCAGCAGGAGGUUUGCCCGCAGUGUAGAAUGAGGUUUAAGAAUGUCGGGGCCCUUGUGGAGCAUGUGGAGAGAGUACACGAGAGGAAUGGGGUUAUGAAAGUGACACUUGAUGUUUGUCCAAAGUGUAGUAAAGGGUUUAAGGAUCCUGUUGCGCUCGUGGAGCAUGUAGAGAGAGAACAUAGAGGCGUUUCGAGAGCGUAA